CAAACACUAAAACUGCUCUCUCUCUCUAAAAACUAGGUAUAUAAUUCCAUUCUCUCUCUAAACCAGAGGCCUCCAUUUCACUUCUCUCCCUUGAAAGGAUAAACCCCUCUCCCCCUCACUCUCUCUCUCGAAUUGACAAAGUAGCCAUGGCUGCCACUGCAACCGCAGCAGCAACGGCUAAGCCCCACAACCCAUCUCCCAUAAGCAGGCUCUCUCUCUCCUCCCCAUCAAUCCUCAGAGUUUCUCUCUCUAAGAACCCCAGCCCCUCUCUCCUCUCUUUCUCUCACCAAAUCUCCCCCAACUCCUUUCUCCGGCCCGCGACUCCCCCACCAUCCCGUGCUCCACUGAGGUUCUCUGUGAAAGCAGCUCGUGGAAAAUUCGAGCGCAAGAAACCCCAUGUGAACAUAGGGACUAUCGGCCAUGUGGACCACGGGAAGACCACCUUGACUGCUGCCCUAACAAUGGCGCUCGCCUCUCUUGGCAACAGCGCUCCGAAGAAAUACGACGAGAUUGAUGCCGCACCGGAGGAGCGAGCCCGAGGAAUAACCAUUAACACUGCCACAGUGGAGUAUGAGACGGAGAACCGGCACUACGCUCAUGUCGACUGCCCUGGUCAUGCUGACUAUGUGAAGAACAUGAUCACUGGGGCGGCCCAAAUGGAUGGUGCCAUUUUGGUGGUCUCUGGAGCUGAUGGUCCAAUGCCCCAGACUAAGGAGCACAUACUCUUGGCCAAGCAGGUUGGUGUGCCCAACAUGGUGGUCUUCCUCAACAAGCAGGACCAGGUUGACGACGAAGAGCUUCUCCAACUUGUGGAGCUUGAGGUGAGGGAGCUCCUAUCGUCCUAUGAGUUCCCAGGUGAUGAUGUACCCAUCAUCUCUGGUUCUGCUCUGUUAGCGCUAGAAGCUCUCAUGGCUAACCCUAGCAUUAAGAGAGGUGAGAAUUCAUGGGUUGAUAAAAUUUACGAGCUCAUGGAUGCAGUCGACUCCUAUAUCCCAAUCCCCCAGCGCCAAACUGAUUUGCCAUUUUUACUAGCAAUUGAAGAUGUGUUCUCGAUCACCGGUCGCGGGACUGUGGCCACAGGUAGGGUAGAGCGUGGGACCGUAAAAGUUGGGGAGACGGUCGAUAUAGUCGGAUUAAGAGAUACCAGGAAUACCACAGUGACCGGAGUCGAAAUGUUCCAAAAGAUACUGGAUGAGGCCAUGGCUGGCGACAAUGUCGGCCUGCUGCUUCGAGGAGUUCAAAAGGUGGAUAUACAGAGGGGGAUGGUGUUGGCGAAACCCGGGACAAUUACACCGCACACGAAGUUUGUGGCAAUCGUCUACGUGUUGAAGAAAGAGGAGGGGGGAAGGCACUCCCCAUUUUUUCCAGGGUAUAGGCCUCAGUUUUAUAUGAGGACCACCGAUGUUACGGGGAGGGUGUCGCAAAUUAUGAAUGAUAAAGAUGAGGAGAGCAAGAUGGUGAUGCCUGGUGAUAGGGUUAAGAUUGUGGUGGAGUUGAUUAUGCCUGUAGCUUGUGAGCAAGGGAUGAGGUUUGCUAUUAGAGAGGGUGGGAAGACUGUUGGGGCCGGGGUUAUUCAGUCUAUUGUGGAAUGAUCGACAGAGAAGGAGAGUUUUUUUGUUGGUUUUGGGAUUGAUAAUAAGGUUGGGAUGGUGGUUGGUUUGUGAUGGAAAGGUUGGUGUUUGUUCGGUCUAGGAUGAGGUAAACAACUGUUUGAAUUCUUGUCAUAUAGGUAACUUUUCAUUCUCUUCUCUGUUUCUCUGCUUUUUUUUUUCUUUUCUGGUUUUUUCCUUUCUUUUGUCUUGCUAAAGUUGUAGUUGAUAUGAAAGUUACGGAAAUGAGAAACUCCUUAAUAUUUCGCUACAUCGACAUUUUAUUAUUCAGCAAA